AUGUCAACUGGCCGUGUGACCCUGCGUGUCGGCUGCUGCAGUGCACGUUAACGUGUAGGCAGUGGUUUGUGCACGAUGUGGACGAAUAUUUGUCGUCGAAAUUAACCGCCGCGAUUCUUAAUUAUCCUCAUGAUGAAAUCUGAACGUAAAUGCGCUAUUUUUAUCGCAGGACAAAGUCGAGUGGUGCCACAGUGUGUUGUCAAGUUUGUUCAAGGCGGCGUUGAAUGAAAGGUCACUGUGCCCACUACGUCUUUACUUGGAGCUUCCCGUAUGCGUUUGAAAUGGACUUGUGCGCCGUGUACGUCGUUGAAAUUAUACGCUUAUGGUCUAACGGAAGCUGACGGGAAGCUUCAACUCGAUGAUCUUGUAAAAUAUAGUAUAUAAUAGUUGUAUCACAAAACAGGCAAUAUGAUAGCUAAAGCAGGAUCGUUCUCCCUCCAAGCCCUCAACUUGCGACAAAUCGCUCGGGUUUGGCGCGGCGGUAAGCAUUGUUUUGAGCCGGCGCGGCUGGUUUCGAGCGUGAGAGAUGAAACCGCCACCGACGAUGUCCUGUCCAUCUAUUACCGGCUUCUCGGUCAGGGCGAGCUACUUCCUGACGAAAAUCAGCUGAAAAUCGCCCAGCUGCUGAAGGAACUUCAAAUCAAAGUUGCAGGUUACACGCCGCACACCCCAGGCUUGUUUGAAAAGUGGCUCUUCAGGGCAAAAAAACCAGCCGACAAGCCACAGGGGUUGUAUAUAUAUGGUGCAGUGGGUCGAGGCAAGACAAUGUUGAUGGACAUGUUCUACGAGUCCACAGCGGUGGAGAGCAAGCAGCGAGUGCAUUUCCAUUCAUUCAUGCUGGAUGUUCACAACCGCAUCCACAGCUGGAAGCAGGAGUCGGCCCAGUCCGGCCAAGGUCGCAAGUCACCUCAGUAUGAUCCAAUUCCACCUGUUGCGGAAGCAAUCUGUGCCCGGGCCUGGCUGUUGUGUUUGGACGAGUUCCAAGUGACAGACAUUGGCGACGCCAUGAUCCUCAAGCGCCUGUUCAGUCACCUGUUCAACCUAGGUGCUGUGGUCAUAGCCACGUCAAACCGCAAACCUGACGAUCUGUACAAGAAUGGUUUACAGCGCAGCAACUUUGUGCCUUUCAUUGAUGUGUUGAAGAAAAACUGCUUGCCAGUUGCUCUCGAUUCUGGUGUUGACUACAGAAUACAGAAAGGUGCCACCAAGACCAGCUUCUAUUUUGUCAAGUCUGAGUGCGAUGCAAAUGCGGAGCUGGACAAGCUGUUCAAGGUCCUGGCUAGCCAAGAGAAUGACAUCGUUCGAGCACGUGUGCUCACCAUCAAGGGACGCAACGUUGAGUUCCACAAGACAUGUGGCCGCAUCUUGGAUGCUUCGUUCUCAGAGUUGUGCGACCGUGCGGUUGGUGCCGUUGAUUAUCUGGCGCUGAGCCACAUAUUUCACACGAUACUUGUUCGAGAUGUGCCCGUGCUGACCCUACGUGAGAAGACUCAGGCUCGCCGAUUCAUUACCCUGGUGGACACCCUGUACGACAACCGGGUCCGCCUAGUCCUGUCGGCUGACGCUGUAGCUGACAAGCUCUUCCAGGCAGUCAAAAGCGAUGGCAGCCUGACUGACGAGAACCGCUCGCUCAUGGACGACUUGCAAAUUAGUGAUAAGAAUGUGAGCAUCUUCAGUGGCGAAGAGGAGAUGUUUGCCUUCGAAAGGACUGUGUCACGGCUCAACGAGAUGCAGAGUGAAAAUUACUGGGCACAGGCGAGCAAGGAUGUUUAUUAGGAUGCAGGAACGGUGCAGCACUGGUUCACAAUUUUCCUGCAAUCUCCCUACUGACAGUGCCAGCUUGGUCAUGAGUGCGCAGCAGCAGCGCAGCACAGUGAGCGCUACUGGCACCCCGCUUACACACGUCUGCUGUGCCUACGCAAAGCGGUGUGUGUUUAUGCCCAACCAUAUUUGCAGUUUGGGACCUCAUAAACUUACAUGGACAGGACACGAUGGACAGACAAAACACUAAGGCAGCACCAUGCACCCUACACGGCACGAUUUCGUCACAUUGCCUCAGAAUAAAAUCUAAAGAAAAAAAAAAGCCCAAAGUUGCUUCACCACACCCCACCUUUGUGUCACAUUGCAUCACAGGCCUCCCAUGCCCGUUUCCCUUCUGCCCUCUCGCCGACAUUGGAGGGGUGGAAUGGAGACGGGAUAGGGGCGAUGAAGGCAUGCUGCACGGCUCAAAGGCAGCUGUGGUUCAUGGCAUAUUUUUCUUUUUCCUGGACUUCGCCAUCCUUUUCUUUUCAGCACAAACACCCAGUAGCUAGAUUAAACCUCUGAUUGUUAAAGCCAAUAACGUGGCAUGGAAACAUUGUAGAAAGCAGUUUAUUUUACCAUAGAACAUGCAACAAAGUUCACAAUACAGCAGCUGCUCAUUCUUACAUCUGAAUAUUAUUAAAACCAGCAAUGCUAUAGGUGGGUUUGACUGUACUCCUUUCUGCAAAAUUAAAAUGUUUGAAUGUUUGUCCCUUUAGCAUUUUUGUGCAACCCAGUUAUAACAAUGGGAUUUUCUUGGAAUUUGAAUAAAGUUAUAAGUGAGUUCCACUGUGCAAUUUUUCACAGGUGGGAGCUGCUAC